AUGUGUCAGGUGAGCGUGUUGACCACCCUGGAACGCAGGUUCAACCUUCAGAGUGCUGAUGUGGGCGUGAUUGCCAGCAGCUUCGAGAUUGGGAACCUGGCGCUGAUUCUCUUCGUGAGCUACUUCGGAGCACGCGGGCACCGACCGCGCCUUAUCGGCUGUGGCGGCAUCGUCAUGGCCUUGGGCGCCCUGCUUUCAGCACUGCCAGAGUUCCUCACCCACCAGUACAAGUACGAGGCUGGCGAGAUCCGCUGGGGCGCAGAGGGCCGCGACGUCUGCGCCUCCAAUGGCUCCAGCAGUGAUGAGGGGCCCGACCCCGACCUUAUCUGCCGUAACCGGACAGCCACCAACAUGAUGUACUUGCUGCUCAUUGGGGCUCAGGUGCUGCUGGGCAUCGGUGCUACCCCCGUGCAGCCCCUGGGGGUUUCCUACAUUGAUGACCACGUGCGGAGGAAGGACUCCUCGCUCUAUAUAGGAAUCCUGUUCACGAUGUUGGUAUUUGGACCAGCCUGUGGAUUUAUUCUGGGCUCUUUCUGUACCAAAAUCUAUGUGGAUGCCGUCUUCAUUGACACAAGUAACCUGGACAUCACUCCAGAUGACCCACGCUGGAUUGGAGCCUGGUGGGGCGGCUUUCUGCUCUGCGGUGCCUUGCUCUUCUUCUCGUCCCUCUUGAUGUUUGGGUUCCCACAGUCCCUGCCCCCACACUCAGACCCCGCCAUGGAGAGUGAACAGGCUAUGCUCCCAGAGAGAGAAUACGAGAGGCCCAAGCCCAGCAAUGGGGUCCUGAGACACCCUCUGGAGCCAGACAGCAGUGCCUCCUGCUUCCAGCAGCUGAGAGUGAUCCCCAAGGUCACCAAGCACCUGCUCUCAAACCCCGUGUUCACCUGUAUCGUCCUGGCUGCCUGCAUGGAGAUUGCUGUGGUGGCCGGCUUCGCUGCCUUCCUGGGCAAGUACCUGGAACAGCAGUUCAACCUCACCACCUCCUCUGCCAACCAGCUGCUCGGGAUGACGGCCAUCCCCUGUGCCUGCCUGGGCAUCUUCCUGGGUGGCCUCCUGGUGAAGAAGCUGAGCCUGUCUGCUCUGGGGGCCAUCCGGAUGGCCAUGCUGGUCAACCUAGUGUCCACGGCCUGCUACGUCUCCUUCCUCUUCCUGGGCUGUGACACAGGCCCUGUGGCUGGGGUCACUGUUCCCUAUGGAAACAACUCAGCACGUGGCUCGGCCCUCGACCCCUACUCUCCGUGCAACAAGAACUGUGAAUGCCAGACCGAUUCCUUCACCCCAGUGUGUGGGGCCGACGGCAUCACCUACCUGUCAGCCUGCUUUGCUGGCUGCAAUAGCACGAACCUCACAGGCUGUGCAUGCCUCACCACCGUUCCCCCUGAGAAUGCCACCGUGGUGCCAGGAAAAUGCCCCAGUCCUGGGUGCCAAGAGGCCUUCCUCACCUUCCUCUGUGUGAUGUGUGUGUGCAGCCUGAUCGGGGCCAUGGCCCAAACACCCUCCGUCAUCAUCCUCAUCAGGACAGUCAGCCCUGAACUCAAGUCUUACGCGUUGGGAGUUCUUUUUCUCCUUCUUCGUUUGUUGGGUUUCAUCCCCCCACCUCUCAUCUUCGGGGCUGGUAUCGACUCCACCUGUCUGUUCUGGAGCACCUUCUGUGGGGAGCAAGGCGCCUGCGUCCUCUAUGACAACGUGGUCUAUAGAUACCUGUACGUCAGCAUCGCCAUUGCGCUCAAGUCCUUUGCCUUCCUCCUCUACACCACCACGUGGCAGUGCCUGCGGAAAAACUAUAAACGCUACAUCAAAAACCACGAGGGCGGGCUGAGCACCAGCACAGAGUACCAAGAUAUUGAGACUGAGAAAACCUGCCCUGAGUCACCCUCAGAAGACUCCUUCGUGCGAAGCUGAGGGCUGCCCUCGCUGAUGGCAGAGCCUACCAUUGCCGCCGCCGCCGCCACCACUACCGCUCACAGACCUCAAGGCCUGACAUAGCGCUGCCCUGCCCGGGAACCCAAGGGGUCCCAUGUGGAUGAUCCAGUGUCUGGUCCUUUGAGGCUUCAAGCACAGGCCCGUGACAAGGACUAAGGAGGUGUCAUGUGCUCAGGAGGCCACCAGAGUGGGCAUCAUUCCUAAGAAGCAAGGUUGACCUGACGUGCAAAUUUCCUUUGGCCUGUCUCUCUUCCAGCUUCUGAAGGAUGGCUUUCUGACCUGCUUUAGAAACUUCCCCCUUUGGGGGAUACUUCUCUGAUGGAACACUCUUAACUCUUAACAGUUCCAAAGAAACCACCAGAGACCGGACUUUAACAGAAGGGUGUAAAAAUCCAGGUUCCCAGAAGAGGAGAGGAAGAAAAGCACACACUUAAUAGAUUCUGAGCGUGAUAGUCUGUAUUUUUGGUGUUUUUUUUUUUGCAGCUUAUAUUUUCCAGAUGAGCAAUUUAGAGAUACAUGAUAUAAAGUAUACUGUACAUUUGCUGAAAAUUAUAUUAAAAGCACUAUUUUAAUUCUU